AGGUGGCCAAAAUUGGUGAUACCUUGGGAAACUUUCUCCUGGAUUGCACGACUUCAGGCCACCUAACCAUAAAAGUUCCUUUAGAGAGCUCCCAUUUCUCACACUGCCAUCACAGAGAACAGAAGACAUGGCGCCCUACACUGCUGCUCUUCCUGCCUAUCACAAUCUGGAUAUUUCAGAAAAGAACAGAUUCAAAUUAAGGAAACCCUUAGUGGAGAAGAUGCGCAGAGAUCGCAUCAACACCUGCAUCGAGCAGCUCAAGUCCCUGCUGGAGAAGGAGGUCCAGAGCCAGGACCCAAACGCUAAGCUGGAGAAGGCCGACAUCCUGGAGAUGACGGUCAGCUUCCUGAGGCGGCAGCGGCAGCUCGGGCCUGUCCAGAGCCAGAGGGACUAUAAGGAGGGCUACUCCCAGUGCUGGAGGGAGUCCGUGCAGUUCCUCAACGCCAGCUCCAGCAGAGGAGCGCCUCUCAGGGAACACCACAGCCCUCAGAGAGCCCCCCAGGACCUCUCCUCUUCAUCCUACUCAUCCUCAUCGUCAUCCUCUUCAUCCUCCUCCUUCCUGUCCGUCUCGUCUCCUGUCAUCUCCAAACAGAGCUCAGUCAGCGUCAUCCACCAUGCUGGGAGCAAGAGGCCUGUUUGGAGGCCGUGGCAGUAAUGCCCACAGACACUAAUACGACUAAACCUGAGGGAUGUUGUGUGUCCCUCAAAAGUGUUGGAGAAGUUUUAUUUCCGCUCAUCUAAUUGGUUAGUUUCUCAUCAUAUUGAUGGACAAUUACUCUGAUGUCCUUAUGUUGUUUGUAAGUGAAAUAUUUAUUUAGCCAUAUUUAUUAAGUGAAGGACUCCUUCCAUUCUUUAAAUUGCUCUUAAAGUAGUGUCUAUGUACAUGUUUAACAUUUUCUAAUGUCCAUUGAGAAUUUCAUCUUGUGUUCAAAUGGUUGUUGAUGGUUGUUUUGUAUAAUGUCUGCAUGUUUUCACGACUCCAGUGGAGUUUACUGUGUACUUAUCAGAUAUAUGAAUUGUUAUUGCAGGGCUCUUUCUGAGAAUAUUUCUCUUUGUAUUGAAAUUUCCUUUUGUCUGAGCAGCUAUAGCUGUGUAUUUGGCUCUUUACACAUUGGCCAAACUUACCUGCACAUUAGGCUUAACACCCCUGGUGAAUCUGUAGUGAGCAGCUGCCAGUGCCUGAGUUAGAAAUGUCCAAUUCAGUCUUCAGUUGAGUUUGACACUCCUGAUUGUGGGACCAACUGUUUUUGUUCUGUAGGCCAUAUCUAUUGUUUGAAUCUAGAUUUGGUUUUAUUAUGUGAUGUAUACCUGA